GGCACCAAGCUCCUCUGUGUCUAUUUCUGAGGUCGGGUGUGCACGGGAGUUUUUUGGCAGCAACAUGAGGCAUGCAUGUGUGUAUUUGGUGGACGUGGAAGGCACUUUUAUCCAUGCUAAGCUUCUUGCCCCCUCUGUGAUCAUCCCCAGGUAGCCGAGACAGCAGGCUCUUUACCGCAAACAAAACCGUGACGGGGAGGAGAAGGGCCUUUCUGUCUUGAAAAAGUUGGGAAAAUGUCCAAAUCUUGAGCAGAUUCUUGUGACACUAAUUCCUCCCCAAUAGUACUUUUCUGCCAAAGACGCUAAACCAGAGUUGGGUGGGAUCCUAAAGGAUAGGAAGGAGCUCGUCUUGCCACGAGAGAAGACAAAGAAGCCCUGUGGUUUAUUGGAUAUUUCAGAUCAGUCCUCUGGCUGUUGAUCUACACCUCUACUGUGAUGCUGAGCCUCCGUGAAGGACAGAGACCCCUUUUCCCACAUGGAUUUGCUGGCACAUUUAAGGCCUCCACCAGUGAACUAGAUCAAAGAGACACAAACUGAGCCCACUAAAAAAUAGAAUGACCUGGAUAUAUAGUCCUCCCUUUGUUCAAUGUAUUGACCUGGAUUUUAGCAGCUCACACACAUAAUAUCACAAUCUUACCCAUUUUAUUUUCAGCCUCUCCUCCACCGUCUCUUCUUUGUGUCCUGGAUGCAUUGUGCUGAGCUGGCGGUUGCAACCCUCUGAUUGUAGUGCAGCUCUGUGGAUUGUGCGUUGGAAGCGCUGAGCGUAUGGUUCCCUUUGGGCCCUGCUGAAUCCAUGCCUGGUGUCCCACUGAGUGUGUCCACCUGUCUCCUAAUUCAGGAAACAUUCAAACGUACCAUCACUUCUGUAGCUCCACUGCCUGUAGAUGACAUCACUGCUAACACACUCAUAUACAGAUGGAUGCAUGUAGGGAACACAAAUAUUAACACGCUCUCCAUAUGGGCGAUUUUGAGCCUCUCGGUCUGUCAAACAGUCUCUGAUUGGGUGGAGAUCCUGGAGCCACGCUCCCGUGAGCGUAUGUAUGUGAAUCUGACUACAGGCGAAUGCGGCUGGGAUCCUCCCCAAGGUGUUCCUGUCCGCCAGGCAGACGGCAACCAGUGGUGGGAGUUGUUUGACCCCCAAAGCGGCCGCUUCUAUUACUACAACUCCACCGGGCGUCGCACUGUCUGGCAUCGACCCUCAGGAGCCGACAUCGUGCCCCUCUCCCAGCUCCAGGCCAUGAAGCGAUCCAGUGAAGCCAAGCAGGCGGGAGGAGGUGUGGAGAAGCACCAUCACGGGACCACGGGGAGUAUCAGCAGCAUGGGCAGCCAGGGGCGCAGCACCCCUCUGCCUGAGCGGGACAACGACAGCCCAGAAGUCCGGGAGCCCAGCGAGCAGGAUACCUCCUCUGAGCCCGACCAGGUGGACGGUCGAUCGAAGGGAGAUGGAAGCAGCACUGAGCACAGCACAGACGGCAGCCGAGACCAGCAGAGGGAUGCUUCUCAAAGAUGGCAGCCGACGCCUGGUUCUAGGGCAGCCAUGUUGGUGAAGGUGAACAGCAUGAGCCGUAACCAGCCCAACCCAGCAUUGCAGCAGCACCUCCAGCACAGUGCACAUAGCAAAGCAAACACUUUUACCAUGCACCCCUCCUGCAACAAGGCCCAAGGAGGACAUUUGAGCUCCAACCAGGGAUAUAAAACAGCACCUUCUGGAAAAAUUGCUGGUGACACACUUCAGGCCCAACACAUGAGAAAAGCCAGCAAUGGCAGCUUUUGUUUGGUGACAUCAGACAGUAGCCACCCCAGUCCUCUGCUUCACAGGUCACAGACUAGCACACCCCGACCCGUGUCCCCACAGUAUGGUUGCACUGCCCCUAUAUAUGAUGAGCCAGUUUCAGACUGUCCUAUAUAUGAUGAGCCCCCCACAGACAUGGAAGUAGAGGGGGCACACCUUUACAAUGGACAACCUCUGUCUCGUUUGACACCUACUCACAGUCUCCAGAAGCCUAGACACCUGCAGCAUCCUGGUUCAUCUCAUUCCGGGUCCAGACACAGGAGGAAUCCUUCUGCCUCUGACUACAGCCCAGCUGGUCUGGAGUGCAUCAAACACAUGGUCAACGUGGACCCUAAACAGGGACUCCAGUCCAGCUCUCCGGUGCCCGCACGUGCCCCUUCCCCUACCCCAAGGCAGGAGUCUGUCAUGACCCAACCACAGCCACAUCCCCAGGCCCAAACCCACUCUUUACAACCGACUCGAAGCCAGCCGAGGGACAGGGAGCAAGGACCCCAGGGCCCAAGUUCACUGGACAAAAAACAAAACUGGCGGAUCCUCGAAGCCACAGUGCAACGAGCCAUGGACGCACGACACAGUAGACAGAGCAGCCAGGACUUCCCCUCAUCCACCCCGCAGGCCAUGGCAAACUAUCAAGACUCUGGUUACUCCACCGGCCCUUCCCCGAGUCUGAGAAGAAAGAGCAGGAGGAGGGUGGGAGCCGGUGGGGGUGCAGGAGGCAGGCCGGGGUCAGUGGGCAGCAGCGGGGAGCUGUGCGCCCUAAACGAGAGGCUCAUGGCAGAGAUGAGGGAGGUGGUUAGUCGCUCCAACACCAUGAGGGAGGUGAGAGCGGGGCUGGACCCAGAAAUGGGGGAGAGGAUUGUUGUACCUCGGACACGAUCCCCUGCAGACUCACUCAGGUGGUUUGGAGGAGGAGGAGGGGCAGCAGCUGGAAGAUGCCCAUCACGAGAGGAUAUCACUGGGGCUUCCCGAUCCUUGAAGGGGACGGGUAACUAUGGCAACCCUGCUCUGACUCCUCUGGAGAUGCCAGGGAGACAGAAAAGAACCUAUGAAAAGGUGGACACCUUGGAGAUGAGUAUAAAUAGCCAGGCCAGCCUGUCGUCACCAGAGACCCCCGGACCACCUUCCCAGACGGGAACCCUAGAGCUUCAGGCUCAGCUGGAGAGCAGGAAGAAAGGCAUGGUGGACGGACGGACUGCUUCGCUGGGUCCUCACCGCCCUGCCAACCAUGACAACAGAGAGGGAGGUGACGGGGCAGGAGGAAGAGGAGGAGGAUCUGCCUACCAGCUCUCCUACGCCACCCUACGACAGCCCCCUCCUCCUGACAUGGGCAUGGAGGACUGGGCUAGCAAACACCUCAACAUGCACACGCAAGGACUGUUCCGGCGCCGUGUCUCCAUCGCCAACAUGCUGUCCUGGAACCGCGGAUCCAUCAAAAAGCCCAUGCUGGUCACCAGCAACCGCGCCGUCAGAAAGGAGGCCUGCGAGAUGUUCAAGCUGGUGCAGGCCUACAUGGGAGACCGGCCUUCGCGGCUCGACCGCCGCCACUGCGCCCUGCUCAUCGUCACCAAGUGCUGGGACAUGCCAGGGCUGCGGGACGAGCUGUACGUGCAGCUGGUGAGGCAGACCACCGGGAAUGCCAGCCCCAGAAGCUUGGCGGCAGGUUGGGAGCUGAUGGCUGUCAGCUUGGCCUUCUUUGCUCCCUCACCCAAGUUUCGCUGCUACUUGGAGGGCUACAUCCAGAGACAUACAGAAACCACCAGCGACAAGAAAUGUGAGUCUCAGACUGAGCUACAGGUGACACAGUUCAUAUUGGAACAGCAGGAGCUAAAACUGAAGAAGAAUUCAAAGUCCAGAAAGAAGCGAAAACAGAACACAGAGGAGGAAGAAGGUCUUCCUAUCAGCACAUAUGCCAAGUUCUGCCAUCGGAAGCUGCUGAAGGUGGCAAUCACUGGAGGUAAAAAGGGUCUUCGUAAGCCCACCUUGGAGGAGAUCGACCACAGCAGACGAGCCAUCAUUACCCCCUCCCUUUUUGGCAGUUCUCUGGAGGAAGUGAUGGAAAGGCAGAGCGAGCUCUUCCCAGACAGGAAGCUACCCUGGGUGCAGGUUCAGCUCUCCCAGUAUGUUCUGGCUCUGGGUGGGGCUCAGACUGAGGGCAUCUUCAGAGUACCUGGAGACAUCGAUGAAGUGAAUGCAUUAAAGCUCCAAGUCGACCAGUGGAGGAUUCCAGAGAAUCUGUCUGAUCCCAAUGUUCCUGCCUCGCUGAUGAAGCUAUGGUACCGUGAGCUGGAGGAGCCCCUCAUCCCCAUGAACUUCUACAAGCAGUGUGUCUGUAACUGUGACGAUCCGGUGGCGGCCAUCGCUGUGGUGCAGUCGCUACCGGAGCUCAACAGGCUGGUUCUCUGCUACUUCAUCCACUUCCUGCAGGUUUUCGCCCAGCCCUCCAACGUUGCCAUAACCAAGAUGGAUGUGAACAACCUGGCCAUGGUGAUGGCUCCCAACUGUCUCCGAUGCCAGUCCGACGAUCCGCGGAUCAUCUUCGAGAAUACGCGCAAGGAGAUGUCCUUCCUGAGAAUGCUCAUCGUUCACCUGGACACCAGUUUCAUCGAGGGGGUGGUGUAGACUCGGCACAGAUGGGCUACACAUUUACAGACAUGCAUAAACACUGUCUCUGUUUAAGCCACACUGGAAACCGCUGGAGGUCAGAAGUUUGACCUCCUACAACACAGAGUGUGAAAAUAGCUUGGACUUUGCCACCCUGUACUCUCCUACUUCCUGAGAAAAAAGACAGUUUCACCUUAGAUUUCAGAUGUUUUUUUGUACUAAAAUCCACAGUGACAAGCGGUUCUAACCACUGCAUGUAAAAACAGGUUAACCCUUUAUUUUUUACGUAGGGGGUGUUACCACACUUAUAUUUGACAGCUGGGUUGUGCAAGGGGAGAGACGAGCAGAAUUUAAGAACUAUUUACUUGACAAAGAAAGAAAAACUAUAAACUUCAUCAGUGUUGAAACUUUUCUUUUUUUCUGAUCUUUCUGAUUACAUUCAAGUGUGUUUGGGUGUGUGUGACUGAACAAAAGACAGCCUUUUAUCAUGUACAGAAAUCUGAAACUAUAAAAGAAAUGUUGUAAUUGUCUUUAUUAAUAAGCUUGCCUGUGUUGUUUUGAAUAAUUGUAUUAAUAGCUGUAUUUCAUUUUAUGAGACCUGAAGAAUUAUGGAGUUUUUUAUUUCAAAGCACAAGCUGGGGAAGGGUCCGAGCCCGAGGCUCUUUCUAAAUACGAUGGGAAUUUUUAUGAGGACAUAAACAUGGAAAUAUUUUGAUUUCUCCAAAUGGAAAGACUGCUUCUGGUUUUAAGCUGUAGUGACUGUGAGAGGCUGCUUAUUCAGCCGAUGAUGCUCCGUCUCUGCGAAGUUUUUCAGUUGAAAUUUUCUGUGUGUGAGCUGUGUGUUUCUGUUUGGUGGCUCAGGUCUUCUGGUAAAACGGGUGCUGGACGUUGUAACUGUACAUGGCCUCUGUCAUAGACUGAAAAUACAGAGUAUUAUCCAACUGUCAAUCACUAUGAGACUGUAAAUGGAGCUUUUUGUGUCCCCUCUCAGGCUUUGCUGAUGUAAAUAAAUUCUGUGUGUAAAAUAUUACUAACUUUUCUUGAGUCUAUUCUAAUGAUCCAGGUUAGGGGGGUUGGGUUUUUUCUCUAUUGUAAUUAACUGUUUUUCUGCUGUAACCGCUUGCCUUUUGAACAUAGGAAUGAUCCAAACCACUUUCCAUGUGCGUCUCUGUGUGUGUGUGUGUGUGUGUGUUAGCGUACCAUCCUGUCAUUAAAUGGAACGGCUGUCCAUAAAUAAAGGUUUGUUUAAUUAUU